UUAACUCUUUGUUGCUCUUGAGCUUAUUUGAGUUUUGUUGCAGUGGCGUUUUAUUUUCACUUUCUAUGUGUUUAAGAUGACGCUUAAUAUCUGUCCAUAGAAGCCUGUAGAGGUAAUAGUGCACCACCAGGCAGCGCCACUGGGAGUAUGGAUGCUCUCCCUCUCUCCCCACUUCUGUUUUUUUUUUUCACUCUUUUGACGUCAGCAACCUGCAAUUGAACGGACGCACUAACGAACGACCGAGCCCCUACCGGAGCUACCGGGAGGCAGUAACGUUACAGAGCGAGUAUCCCGCCGCCCGUCUCGGAGGAGCCAAACGGAGGAAAGGUCCACUGUGAGCCCGCCGUGAGAACCCCGUGCUGGAAUCAAACGAUGCGAGCGCUGCUCACCGCCGCCCAGUAACACACACUAACGCCGAGUGGAGAAGAAGAGAACCGUUACCGUGAUUUACCGACAGAACCCCAGAAGAGAGGACGGAGGACGGACGGACAGACCGCCACCGAGACCACGCUUGAGAAACAAACAACCGCGGUGGCUACAUCGAGUUGUGUUCGCGCUGUGGAUCAGACCCGAGUGGAUCCUUGAUUUAAAUGCAUUAACGGUGCCGUUACCCCCGGCUCGAGAGCGCGAGAGAGGGAGCUGCCCAGAGAGAAAGCCAGAGAGGGAUCACAGAGGGAUCGAAGGCUCAGCACAAAAAAGGAGGAAAUAAACCAAGAAGGGAGGAUUUGCAACCAGCUUUGUUUCCACGCACAAGUUUCAUUGAAUCCACCCUUUUUAUUGCAUUUUUUUCUUCCGUGGAUCCCGGUAUCGGUAACGCUAUCAAGCUGUGUUCUCUAACCAUGGGAUGUACUCUGAGCGCAGAGGAGAGGGCGGCUCUGGACCGGAGCAAAGCCAUCGAGAAAAACCUCAAGGAGGACGGUCUGACCGCGGCCAAAGAUGUUAAACUGCUGCUGCUCGGGGCUGGAGAGUCAGGGAAAAGCACCAUCGUCAAACAGAUGAAGAUCAUCCACGAGGACGGUUUCUCUGGCGACGACGUAAAGCAGUACAAGCCUGUUGUUUACAGCAACACCAUCCAAUCUCUGGCUGCCAUCGUCCGUGCCAUGGAUACACUGGGCCUGGAGUAUGGAGACAAAGAACGGAAGGCGGAUGCUAAGAUGGUGUGCGAUGUGGUCAGUCGUAUGGAGGACACAGAGCCUUACUCUGCCGAGCUGCUGUCCGCCAUGAUGCGCCUGUGGUCCGACUCAGGCAUCCAGGAGUGUUUCAGCCGCGCCCGCGAGUACCAGCUCAACGAUUCAGCGCAAUACUACCUAGACAGCCUAGAUCGGAUUGGUGCGGCAGACUACCAGCCCACAGAGCAGGACAUCCUGAGGACCCGAGUGAAGACCACAGGCAUCGUCGAGACACACUUUACCUUCAAAAACCUUCACUUCAGGCUGUUUGAUGUGGGAGGUCAGCGGUCGGAGAGGAAGAAGUGGAUCCACUGUUUUGAGGAUGUCACAGCUAUCAUUUUCUGUGUGGCGCUCAGCGGUUACGACCAGGUGCUGCACGAGGACGAGACCACGAACCGCAUGCACGAGUCUCUGAAGCUGUUUGAUUCCAUCUGUAACAACAAGUGGUUUAAGGACACCUCCAUCAUCCUCUUUCUGAACAAGAAGGACCUCUUUGAAAGCAAGAUUGUCAAGUCACCACUGUCCAUCUGCUUCCCUGAGUACACUGGUCCAGACACUUACUUAGAGGGAAUAGACUACAUCAAGGGUCAAUACGAGACUAAGAACAAGUCACCCAGCAAAGAGGUUUACUCCCAUGUGACCUGCGCUACAGACACCAACAACAUCCAGUUUGUCUUUGAUGCUGUCACUGAUGUCAUCAUAGCAAAUAAUCUGCGGGGGUGCGGCCUAUACUAAUGAUGCUGUUAAAUGUUAGCCAACGGAUGGAGGAUGUUUGACUUGUGUUUAACUAUACGGUACUAGUUAGGAUAUGUGGCCUUUAUCACUGAUGUCAUCAUAUGAUAGCCUGUCAAAUAAGAGGUAUGGGCUGUGUUUGUGAUGUCACCGUACUGCUUUACCGUAAGGCUAGCCAUUGGUCCAACUUGACUCUUAAUUAAUGAAUUAAUUGGUUGUGUGGUUUAUUGGUGGGCUGAGACUACUUUUACUGUAUUAUUUUACUUCCUGCUUAAGAAGAACCAAAUCCCAGUAACUUUGUGCCUUUAAUUGUACCAAAACUCUACAUCUUUUGUCAGUGUGCUGCAGAAAUCAUGCACAAUACCUGCAGUGGACCCUUCUGGGAUACAAGGCUCCUGAGAUUUGUUUGUACAUACAGUAGUGCCGUACUCAAAGAACUAGACUGAUUGAUAAGUAACUGCCGGGGGGGGGGGGGGGCAACAGUACUCCAAAAAACUGGUAUAAUGGGACUCACCCAAAGUGUUUUUAAUCACUGUAGUUUGAAUUUGAGAUGUCACUCUUCUUUGCUUUAGACUUAUGCCUUAGUUACAUGAGGGGCAGUACGUUGUUUAACUACAGGGUCAUGUUCAGUUCGUCAGAAAGAUGUUCUCCAGAUUUUAUGUGCAUGAGAUAUUAAAACUGUUGACAAGAUUAUGACCAAAUGUUAAGUCAUUAGAAAAAAACAACUUCUUUUUGUAUAUAUUUGUCCAAAAAAGCUUUUCUGCACGCCUCCCUUGUUAUUCUGCAUGUUGGGUAAUAUGUUUUGUUUUCUGAUGACAGUAUCUGAUGUAUGCAAUGUGCUGGGUAGUGUCUCACUAAUGCUUUGUUGCACUAAACUGUGCUCUUUUAAAGGUAGACUAUGCAGGAAUUGUCGGCUAAUAUUGUAAAUGGUAUUGCUAGGGAAAGUGAAAGUGAGAGCCAAGUCCAGAGUCCCUCUUGUUUGCUAUAUUUACGUUUUUGGCAUCCACAAUUUUCAUAGUUUCCUGUCAGAUGUAUGCUGCUUACAGUCUUGCACCUGGUGGCCUCCUUUUUAUUAAGUCCUGACCUCACUGCGCGCUGUGCCCAGGAAUGUCCAGAGAAUGAAAUGAGAAGAAAAUUCAGGCAGAGGGCAGAGUCUCUGCAGAUAAAUACUCCACCACACAGUUCUAGUGGGUCAAAGUGAUGAUUGAAGAUUACUUCUGUUUAUACUUUGUUUUUUAGGAAAAUCAUGUAUAGUUUUAAUUAUGGAGCUGCAAAAUAAUCAAUAUUUAAUCAGUGGGACAUUAUGAUUAAGUCAUCAUAUGCAUAAAUACAGAGAAAAGGAUGAAGCAGUCAUAUUGCCAAGUUUAUAAUAAUUUCACAAUGAUAUUUUCCUUUUUGCUUCAUAGCAGUGGCUGAGCCUCCACCAUAUGAUGUGAGAGAGGGCAGGGGAAUAGUAGCAGUCACACAAUCAUUAAAAAUAUGUUAUGCUAUUAAAAAAAGAGAGAUUUAAAAAAGUGAUGAAAUAACAUUUCAGUAUAAAAAGUUUGAAAUAUUUAUUGAAUAAGUUUACAUUUUUUUGUAUUUUAUCCUAGUCAUAUGUUUCUCAUCUAGUCAUAAUAAUGUGUCACGUUAUAAUGUCUUAUUCAUUGGUUUAAUACUGCUCAUUUUGUAGUUCCAUUCUGAACAGUGUGACGCCUUGCUUAACAUAAGGAUUUAAGAAGUAGGACCAAUUAAUAACACAGUGCUCGUUCAUCUUGUCCUGCCCUCCACUGGCCUCAAAGGGUCAGCUUCCCUUCAGCAAAGCCUCGCUCACUGAAAACCUGUGUGAGGUUGAAGAUUAUCAGAGUGGACUGCUCCCGGUAUUAAAUGUAAUUAGACCAAAGGUGAUUCCCCUCAUUAAAUACAUGUCACAUGUUCUUCAGUCAUUCUUAAGUCACAUUUCUCUUUAUUUUACUGUAUUUUCAAUUGAUGGCACUUAGGUUGCCAUUAGUUCAGAUUUUAAAGGCCCAGUAGGAUUUGAACAUCUCUGACAUUAACGACUCCCACUGGUGCUAUCAUAAGGACGCUGUGGCAACAGCCCCAAUGAAUGAUUGCAGCAGUUUUGAUAAUGAUGGUCUCAUUUUUCUUCAAAAAGAUUCAGAUAAUUUGAAAGAUGCUAUCAUCACAGCAUCACAUACACAUUGGGCUUUAAAGGGGAAUGCCACCUAAAUUCAGAAUUCCAUUAUGUUAUUACCAUGUCCUUGGAAAAUUCAACCAGUAUUUGUGUCAAUGAGCACUUCUCUUUUAGAGCCAAAAACCAAAGAAGUAAGUCUCAAACUUAGGAUGUAAUCGGGUAUAAAGUCUGGAGCUGCUCCAUAGACAAUGAAUGGGAUUUUGUGGACCCAUGUUUGUAUUCUUUUUUAUACCCAUAUGAGCUUUAUUCUAUUGUAGUGUUUUCAGGUCUAAAACAGAAAAUGUACCCAUAUACUUAAAACAUUCCCUUGGCUGCCCUCAGUGUCAUCUGGAACAUCUUUCACCUUCCCCUUUCAAUAGAGCAGCUACACACUUUAUACCCUAUGACAUUACACAUUUGAGUUUGAGCGCUCUAACCUCUUUGUUUGGGAGAGACUUGUUCAUGUUUACUUAUGUCUGGACUGUCUAAGACCAAAGGAAUAUCAUGUGUGGAUUUUAAAAUGGAUGUAGUUCCCCUUUGAGAAGAAAGUAAAAAAAAAAAAAAAGAAAGAAAUUAGAAAAAAGUGAUUUAUUUUCUAUUUGGUGGUGUCAUUUGACACAGCACAGACAGUUCAGCAAUGUUGUUAAAAACCACGGAGCAUUAGUCAUGGUUUGAGCAAUGGUUGUUAUCAUUUUGUUGAAAACUACCCAGCAGGGGUUCAUACAGCAGCAGUGAGAUUGUGUGUUUCUAUGUUGCAGAGGAACAGUGUUAUUAGUGUUUUGGCCUUGGGUGCAUUUCAUUUGGGAAUACAUUUGUUUUGGUCCCUGUAGAAGGAUAUAAUUGAAAAUGCAUCUCUGAUCUAAGAUAAAAGAGACCAGCAGUAUAGUUUAUUUAUUUCCCCUUUAUCUUAAAUGUAAAUUCGUAUUUAAAUUUAUAGGAAAGUAGUUGCUAUUUUUUCCAGCCAUCAUUCUUCAUCCCUGUGGAUGUCACCUCUGGUCAUAUUUUAGGAUUGAUUUUCCCGGCUCUCAUGUUGCAGCAUUCAUGGGUCUACUAUAAAAUCACUUUAAAUGAAGAGCUUCAAGAGUUAUCGUUCUGACUCACCCAGACUAUUCCCAGAUAAUGCUUCAGAGGAGGCAUUGAUUUUAUAGGGCCCUGGGGCCCAAUCCAAAGUGGGGCUGCACAGUGUAAUAUCCCUACUGUCCACCUCUCUGCUUUAAUAAGCCAGAGGUGAGCUCAGAAAUACUGUGUGCUGGUGAGUACAUAUAGUCCUCUGGGACUACAAUGUCAACCUUGUGACUAUUGUUUUUGCCCCGAUGUUACGCUUUCCGCUGAGUGAGUUCCAUUUCUGCUAGAUGGUAGUCGUCCCAGAGCUGCUGUAGGAUUAAGGUUUGAUGUGGUGCAUGGCUUAGUUGAAAUGACAAAGUGGAAAGUGUGCAAUUUGUGGGAACGGUUCAAAUUUGAGCCCCUGACAUUAAAGCCAGAGUGUUGCAUAUAAUACCAGGAAACACCAUCAGCUCCUCCCUUCUGUCUUUGUAAGCAACAGUUUACAGCAGCAUAUAGAAACAGAGCUUUGUUUGUCUGUGGGACUGAGCUAAGUGUGUGUGAAGCUUUACUGCUAUGAGUGCUCUCUGGCAAACAGAGGUAGAGAGCUUCUUUAUUUAUUCAUGAGCUGGGCAUUUGCUUCGUUCCACUCUUCCUUUCCACACUCAAACAGCGAGGGCACGUCUCCACCCACUGCUCAGAGCUGCAAUUUUUUUUAGACAGGUAAAUGACGUCAUCGGCUCUUCCUACCACAUCUGUGCCAACUUUUCCUAAUUAGAGAGCUGCCUGAGGCUGUUGAUCAGCCUGUGUCUGUGUGUGUGUGUGUGUGUGUGUGUGUGUGUGUGUGUGUGUGUGUGUCUUGUGUGCAUUUGUGCCUGUUUACCUUUUGUAUAUAGUUACCUACAUGUGUGUCUGUUGAUAGUACAGGAAAGGUCAGUGUGUGUGUGGGUGUGUGUGUGUGUGUGUGUGAGAGAGAGAGAGAGAGACAACAUCAGCCCAUGGGGCGUUGUGGGGCAGUCAGUAUCUGUGGAUUAAUUACCCAGAAGGCACCUGUCUACCCUUUCCACACACACAGGCCCUCAACACACACACACACAAACACACACAAACACACAGAAGACACAAACACACCCAUGGGAUGUCAAAAUGUCACCUCACUUGCCCAUGCCAAAUAAAACCACCAUUUUCAA